UCUCCUCGGGGGGCAGUGGAGGUGGGGCGAAGCGGGGUGCGGCGAAGCCGCCCAGGCUUCUUCCUGGGCCUCGGUCACCGCCCCGCCACCCGCACUUCCUGGUGGAUUUCCCCGGACAAAGUUUUCGCGGUGAACCGACCUGCUGGUCUUGUGCUGACCAGCUGAGGACGGGACGGCUACCAGGUUUCUGCCGGCACGGACCCUCUCCCCCCAUUUGCCCUGUGCCCUGCUUGUCUCACACUCUUCUGCAGAGGCCAAGCUCCAGGGCAAGAUGGCAGCCAAGCAACCGCCCCCUCUGAUGAAGAAACACAGCCAGACGGACCUCGUGAGCCGCCUCAAGACCCGAAAGAUCCUGGGUGUGGGCGGGGAGGAUGACGAUGGGGAGGUGCACCGCUCCAAGAUCAGCCAGGUGCUGGGCAAUGAGAUCAAGUUCGCUUUGAGGGAGCCGCUGGGGCUCAGGGUCUGGCAGUUCGUGUCUGCUGUGCUCUUCUCUGGCAUUGCCAUCGUGGCCCUGGCCUUCCCUGACCAGCUCUAUGAUGCUGUCUUUGACGGUGCCCAGGUGACCAGCAAGACCCCCAUCCGCCUCUACGGCGGGGCCCUCCUCAGCAUCUCGCUGAUCAUGUGGAACGCUCUCUACACGGCGGAGAAGGUCAUCAUCCGGUGGACUCUGCUCACAGAGGCCUGCUACUUUGGGGUCCAGUUCUUGGUGGUGAUGGCCACGCUGGCCGAGUCGGGCCUGGUGUCCCUGGGCUCCCUGCUGCUCCUGGCCAGCCGCCUGCUGUUCGUUGCCAUCAGCGUCUAUUACUACUACCAGGUUGGCCGGAGACCCAAGAAAAUCUAGCGUCUCCUGGAGUGCACCGGGGCGCCCCCUCAGUGUCCCUUUGGCUCCUGGAAGGUGGGAGAUGCCCUGGCUCAGGCAGCAGGGGAGGUCUGCCCCUCCCCAAGGGCACUCCUGAUCCUGUGUCCUCCUGGACUUUCUGGUCUCAGAUGGAAGUGGGGGUGGAGGGCAGUGGGUCUCUGUACCCCUGUUCUUCACCCCACCCCGUGAUGCCUCCUUAUCCUGGAUCUUCUGGCUCCUGGACCCUCCCAUUCCCAACAGAAGGGUGGGAGUCUGGCAGUUGGCUGCAGUGCUGCCUCUGCCAGGAGGUCCUCUUUGCUUUCAAAAAAGAGAUGGACGUUCUCCCUUACUCCUCAGUCUCCACCUCUGACCAGUCUGGUUGCCCUCACUUCUGAAUCCAGCCUAUCUCUGCCAAACCCUGAAACUGCUCCUCUGUGCCCCCCCACCUGUCCCCAUAUACCCCACCCUGGUCUUGCCUGAAGCCCACCUGAGCUGCCUGGCGGGUUACCAGUGUUACCGCACUUCCUCUGUAGUCUUUUUCUGUGCCCUGUGUCACAUGGUCUGUCCUGUCCCCAUCCCCAGGACACUCCUACCCCCAAGGCUUUGCUCCAGGCUGCUUCACCUGCACCCCACCUCCUGGAGGCCCGGGGGACUGAAGCCACUGGUCCUGGACAGACAGAUACACAGAUAAGCCCAGGCAGGGCUGCGGUGUUGGAAUCUGAGAUGAGGAAGAGAGCAAGGCGUGGAGUGCCCUUGUGCCCAGGCAUCGUGCCCAGGCCUCAUGCCCUGGCCAGCCCCUUUACCCCUCCCCAGAGGCUGCCCACUGGGCCUCCUUCCUGGGUUGCCCUGAGGCCUGGCUCAGCGCCCUUCAGACCCAGUAAGGGAGACAAACAGAAUUUCAGCUUUCACUCUGGGAGCUACAACCCCCAGUUCUGGGGACAGUUGGAGAGGAAUGGCCCAGGCACCAGAUGCAGAAAAGAGAGUCAAAAGUCUCUGGGGGUGGGUGCCCAGCUGUUCCCACAGUCAUGCACCCCUGGGACCUGGUUUGUUCCCAGCAGAGCUGCUCAAGGCUCACCAGGUAGGGUGGCAUGGCCUUGCUCAGCUGGGUGGCACUCUGGAACACCUGGGCAUGUCCAGCUGAUGAACUUCUGUGCUGCUUGGUUAAGCAUCCUGUGCAGGCUGGAGAGAGGGGCCCCUCAGACAGAUGGGUGACCCAUGGGCAGUGGGGGGGGGGCAGGCAGGAAGUCCUGGCAAGGAGCAGUUGGGGGUGGGGGACAGGCAGGGACAAGGGGGAGGGACACGGACUCAGUUAUACUAUGGUAAACUGUGUGGGCCAGUUCUCCAUCUAAAAGGGAGGGGGCCAAAAUGCCCAGAUUCCUCCCCCUCACUGGAACCCAGCACCCCAUGGCCAAACUCCCAUUACCCCCCUCCCCAAAUCAAAACCAUCUUUCUUCACAGUCACUAUUUAUUCUUCAUUCCUUUUUCUUUUUGUAAGAAAUAGUCACAAAAACCAUGAGUGCGGGCAGCCUGUUUUCUAUCACAAAAACUCCUCUCGAUACAUAAUAUAAAAAGGGUGUGUGAGGGGGAAGCUCACAGGAGAAUAAACAUGAUAAAUUAGCUCUGC